AUGGAUGGAGGUGAUUUGUAUAAUAAGGAGGCACAGACCCCAGUGCGAAGAAAUAAGCACGCUUCUAGGAUAAGUUCAGGGAUCUAUCACCCUGUAAGACCUGCAUCUGUUCUUUCAAUGUCAUCACCACCGCCUUCAAACUUAAGCCGAUUGAGGCCGCGAUCAUCGAUGGCUGAUAUAGGCAAGCGAUAUGGAUCUAUUUCCAGGUUUACUGUUCCACGAACACCAUCAAGACUUAGUAGUAGAUCUGUGGCCAAGUCUUCUUUAAGAGGUCAACCACAAUCUACCAUUAGAUCUGUCAGUGGAUCAACGGCUUCGUUGAUUGCUUCACCUUCGUUCAAGACUCCACGUUUUGAAAGAAGACUUUCGAGCUCUUUGAGCAACUCUUCUUCGUGUGAGUCAUCCUCCCAGGGAGAUUCUGGAACAACUAGUACAGAUUCACCAAGUGGUGGUGCUGGUAGUAGUGGCAGUUCGUUUGGAACAAAGAGGUCCACAAACAUUUACACUGGUCACAUAAGUGUUUCAGUGAGGCCCCGACCCCUAAACGAGAAAGAUGGCCCAAACUCUUGGAUUAUAAACCCAGAAGCCAGUUGUGUGUAUAACAAAGAGGUCGGUGAGUUUUUUUAUGAUCAUGUUUUUGAACCUACGGUUAGCAACACCGCCGUUUACCUGCAAACUGUGCAGCCAAUUGUGAAAAAAUGCCUACAGGGUUUCAACGGAACAGUCUUUGCUUACGGAAUGACCGGAUCCGGUAAAACGUACUCCAUGCAAGGAGUAAGGGGUCAGACUGGUGUAAUUUCAUUGUGCGUCCACGAAAUAUUCGAAUACUUUCACUCCACCACAAGAAGAGGCGCUUUGAAUAAAGUCAGCUGCUCAUACCUUGAAAUAUAUAAUGAGAAGUUGUACGAUUUACUUGAUCCCGAAGGAACUUUUCAAUUGGAAAGGCAGUCCACAUCUGUUUUGAGAAGACGGCCUGCUACAUCAAUGGCAAAUCCAUCAUCUCGUAAGCGGCAUAUUUCCUCUAGCAAAUCAGAGUUACGGAUAUGUGACGAUCCAACUUUUGGAAUCAAGGUUGUCGGAUUAACUGAGGUUGAAGCUCCAGAUGCAGACUCUCUUUUGAGAAUUAUUCGAAGUGGAGAUUCUAUGCGUAGAACUGGUGGUACAAAUUAUAAUGCACGAUCAUCGCGUUCUCAUGCCAUAGUUAUUAUUCAUUUAAGCACUCAAAACGCACCUGGGAUGCCAAAAACUGCAUCCACGCUUUGCCUAUGUGAUCUAGCAGGUUCAGAAAAGGCGUCCUCUAAGUUAGAGAGAAGAACAGAAGGCUCAUACAUCAAUAAGUCUCUUCUAGCUCUUGGAACGGUGAUUUCUAAAUUGUCAAAAGGUUCUUCAUCGCAUAUACCGUAUAGGGACUCAAAACUUACGAGAAUAUUACAGCCUUCAUUAAGUGGAAGCUCAUUGAUUUCCAUUCUUUGCACAAUUCAUCUAUCAUCGCAAACAUUUCCGGAAACCGUUAAUACGCUUAGAUUCGCAUCAAGAGCGAAAAACAUUGCAUAUAGAGUCCACAGAACAGAGCAUUCGGAAAACAAGUAUGAUGAGAAGUAUGUGGAAACCCUAAUAAAGGAGAAUGAAAAAUUAACAAAAGAAAUUCAUACACUCAAGGAAAAGAAAUCUACAAAAGGGCAUAUAUGGCCUGAUGCAAUUAGUUCCACAGGUAUUGUAUCACGAAAGUAUGAUGAAAGAACUGCCGAGUUGGUGGCAGAAAAUAAGAUGUUGAGUGAGCAGCUGGAACAUCAAAAGAGAUUGAAUGAGGAGUCCCAAAUGGAGCAUGUAGUUGAUAAUAAUGAGAGUCUGCAGGAGUUAGUUCGUGUUCAAGUUCAUUAUGAUGUUACAGAUGAAUCAUAUAAUAAGGCAAUAACGAAUUUGGAUAACUUCGGCAAACAUUGUAUGACCAAGAUGGAAGAGAUGAAAUCAUACAUUAUGCAUCUUGAGCAAAAAUUGAGAGAUCUUGAACUCAAGGACGCCUUAAAGGAAAUUAAAACUGGACCCAGUGCUGCAGAAAUAACUGCUUUGGACAAUGUGGAAGAAAUUACAGAACUAAAGAGAAUGCUAAAGAGUAAGGACAUGGUAAUAAAAGCUUUGAAAACAGCCAAUAGCAUGAGAGAGAUAUUUGACAGUUCAGACUCUAACGAUGAAAAUAAAGCUUUAACGAGUGACUAUCUCAAGCCAAUUGAUAAUAUUGUGAAAUCGGUCUAG